AUGCAUCUGGUACAUACUCUGUACUUACUGACUACAAAGAGGACUGGUACCCAUAUUUGUAAGUACCAGUUGGAGGUUCUUCACCUGCUGUCUUCAUCACAGAAGGCGGAGCUCCUCCUGAGUCCUGAGAUGGAAAAUCAAGACAACGGCACCUUGACUGUGGUCUUCAACAGUCUGCUGACAGGAGAACCUGCUCCUUCACCUUCUGGAAACUUCACAGUGUUACCUUCACCGUACAACCCCUACUCCCCACAGAGCGGCCUCUCAGAGAUUUUUAGUGGCUUCAAGACGGCCUUCACAGCAAUUGGGAGCUUUGCUCAUGAAUUCGUUUCCUUCACCAGCCAGAGGAAUUUAUCUGAAAUAAAAAGCGCCACCCUGACUCAGUUCCUGCUCAACUUCACUCUGGCUGAACUGGCCGACCUCUACGAGCUGAAGAGCACGUCAGAAGUUUCACCGCAGUUCGACGUGACGAGCGUGGAGGCCUGGUACCAGCAGGUCGUCCUCCCGGUGCUGAGAAACUUUUGGCCAAAUGAAGAAGACCUGACGCACCAAAACAUCACGCUCGCUUUCCACGAGCUGUUCUUUUUGGACAACGGUGUGAACAAUGAAUCAUCUGAAAUCCAGGACGUCUGCAGCCUGACCCUCGAUAAGGCCUCCUGUGGGCUGACAGAUGCUGUAGAAGACGUGGCUCAUGUUUUACACUGCGCUGCUCGGUCCAACCUGACGUUGACCGAGUCCACGGUCCUGAAGCUGAUUAACGAGCUGACGAGUCGUCUGAACUCUCUGAUGAAAGAGUUGUCCACAGCAAACUUCGAGGAGCUCAUUUCUGAUUUCAGGGACAUAUUUAAGGAAGGGGAGUCUCCGUCUCUGACCCAGCAGCACCUGGAGGACCCAGAAUACAUCAAACUGUGGUUCCGGAUCAAACUGCUGCCCCUCCUGCCGGACGUAGAUCCAAACCUGCUCUCCUGUUUGAGCACCAAGAACUUCUCCUGCCCUGCUUACCAAACCCUGGUGGCAGCCCUGGAUGAACGCAUGAGCUUCACAGAGGCUGAUCCCACGUAUGGUCACAACAUCUACAAAUAUUUCAUCUACUCCUUCCUGGUGCAGCGCAACAACUCUGACUCCCAGUGCGUCUCUUCAGCCGACCGCAGCGCAGAAUGGCUGACGGACAAUUUUGGCUCCUUCUCAAAAUUUGCCUCCAUCACCGACUUCUACGAGCUGAAUCCUUACUUCUCUGGAUUGGAGGCUCUUCCUGUUCUGUCCUCCAAGCAGCUGGCAGAGCUGCUGCUGCUGCCUCUCCGCACCCCACCAGAGAAAGACGUCGUCAUCGACCGCGUGUUGGACUUCCUGUUGGAGUCGCCUCAAAUGGGGAGGUUUCCAGAGGUUUUGCUCUUCGUGGUUGAGCUCGCCAGCGAGGUCAGUCCUCCGUGCAACGUCUACAGACAAAUUUUCGACCGAUUGUUCCGAGCCAUACCAUCUGCAUCAGUGGACAUGGAACCAGUCAUCUGGGCUCGCAUUGACGACCUGAUAAACAUCGCACCAGAGGAGUGUGUACCAGCCAACAUCACCUGCCCAGAGACUCAGAUCAAUGGAACUAACGUCUGCAGCGGCAUCGACAGCUCUGAUCUGCAGUCCUACCUGAACACAUCCACGCAUGUUUCCUGCAACUUUACCCUGGAGAAAUACGCUUGUCCGCAGCUGGAGAGCUUCACAGCCAAUCAGCUGGCCUCCCUCAUAAGGUGUGAUCUGCCUGGAAACAGCAGCUACUCCAAAGUCCUGUGGAAGAUGCUGCUCACUCAUCUCUCCAGCGUUUUGGACCCAGCCCUCGACAUCCUGGCUAAUGUGUCAGUUGAUCUGAUGGGACCAUCAGCACAGGAGGUUCUGGAUGUGAUCAGCGAGCUCCGGGUGUCGCUGCUGACUGACGAGCAGCUGGAGGAUAGCGGAACAAUCCAGCUGUGGUUCUCGGAUCGUCUGAGUGGCUUCCUGCCGUUCGCAUCAGGAAGGUUCCUGCGCUGUCUGACCAACAGGAACAUCAGCUGUCAGUCGUACCAGCAGAUACUGCAGGUGUAUAAUUCUCAGUUCAAGCUCAUGUCAUUAGAACAGCAACACGUGGUCUUGAAGAAUUUUGUCCUCCGUUUCCUGUCAGCGCCUCACUCAGGUCCAGGGUGUGCGUCCUUCAACAGCAGCUCAGAGUGGCUGAGGAGCAGCUUUGGUUUAUUUUCAGAUCUUCUGUCUGUCAGAGAGCUGCUGGAUCUCAACCCACAGUUCAACCCUGUGAGACUCAACUUCUGCUACAACGAGGAUAUUUCAGAAAAGUUCAGCUCACCGUCUCACCUGUUUCCUCAGCUCUCAGCUCUCACAGCUCAGGACCUGGCGGAGCUGCUGAAGUGUAAUCGUUCCUCCAGCUCGAGCGGCUCCACGGCCGCCUGGAAGCUUCUGCUCUCCAAAGCCUCUCUGGUGCUGGACGAAGCUCUGGAGCUUCUGGCCAACAGUGUUCUGGACCCCAGCAGUCCUUCUGUGUCCAUGAUUCUGGACUCCAUACGAGAAAUCCGGUUGGAUGGUGUCAGCAUGGGGAGUCUCAAUAAUCCUUCCUUCAUCCAGCUGUGGCUUAACCACCGUCUUCAUCCAUUCUUGCCUGCUGUGUCCUCCAACUUCCUGUCAUGCCUUGCCUCAAAAGCCCUGGACUGCAACACCUACCAGCUCAUUUUGCAGAUUUUGAGUGAAGUCAGGCCACAGAUGGUUCCUGCCACACAGAUGUCAGUCUACACACACUUCAUCAGGGUUUACCUGACCAGGAACGACACUGCAGAUCCUGCCUGCAGGUCAAACAUCAACAGCAGUGUCGAGUGGCUGCAGAGGAACCUGGGAGGCUUCUCCGUCCUCCUCUCCAUCCAGGACGUUCAACGGCUCUACCCCGACUUUUCGGCUCUGGACGCUCUGUCACAGCUGACAGCCACGCAGCUGGCAGAUGUGGCCGCCACACCUGGACUGCUCACAUCCCCUGACCAGGUGGCCAUGGUGAUGGGACUUGUCCCCGAUCAGCUGCUUGCUUCCUUCUUUGAUGAUUUCUCAGCUGCCCUCACGGGUCAUGAGAACAUGUUGCCUUCGACAGUGAGAUCUGCCUUUUUGGAGGUUGUGUUUGCUCGUGCAAACCUCUCCUAUUCCUGGGUGGAUGACUCGGCGGUGUCGUUGUGGCUCCGGUAUCGACUGCCUCCUCUUCUCAUCAACCUGUCACCCGGGCACGUCACGCAGUACUUUCAAAUACUGGCAGGAAGGAACUGCAGCAUCGAGCAGCAGGGUGUGGAGAACCUUAAUUCAACCCUUUCUACUCUGAGUGAAAAUUCACAGCAAGAAAUUUACAAUCACAUCAUCCAGGCUCUGAAAGGUAAAGACACUGUGCUGAACACAGGGUUUUAA